CGUACGGAGUGGUGCGUUUCGGGACGUGUAGUUUUCCCCGUGGAAGUCGUGGUUUGUGUGCGGCCGGGCGUUGGAGGCUCUGCCGCCAGGAGCAAUCAGACCUUCCAGUUCCCUGCACUUGACCUUCCAGCCGCCUCUCAUGUGCUUGUCUGGUGGGGGUUUGUGUUGAUCAGGAGUGAAUUUACAGUUGCUCUACCAUGAACUGGAAGGUUCUGGAACACGUGCCCCUGCUGCUGUAUAUCUUGGCAGCAAAAACAUUAAUUCUCUGCAUGGCAUUUGCUGGAGUGAAAAUCUACCAAAGAAAAAGAUUGGAAGCAAAACAACAGAAACUGGAGGCUGAAAGGAGGAAGCGAUCAGAGAAAAAAGACAACUGAAGCUUGGUUGCAGGUUGCGUUUUCCAUGUGGGGAUUCAGGAGUUCCAUCUGAAAUUGCACCGUGCUUGCUGGAUGCUCUUUAUCACAAUGUAGGAAGCAGGAGAGAAUUUCCAAAGUUCCGGAGACAGACAGACCCUGGUCCUACAAGCUGCAGAGCUCACCACAGUCGAAGCGGACUUUCACGUAAGCCCAGACCUAAGCCUCUCUAAAAGAGGCCACUCCAGCCUUUGCCAGGAGCUCUGUUGACUUUAUUCUGCCUAAUCCUGCUGUGGCCUGGGGUCCUGUUGGAACAUGAAUGGAAGACCAGAGCAGGGGUGGAAUGCCCUUGGCUUUCUGCCACCUGCCCUCCACGUGUCCACGACAUGCUCAGAUGGGGUCUAGAACUGACCCUGGGCCGUGGCCUACCAUCCUGCCUGUGUCAGGGCCGCUCCGCAGCCUGGCAGGCCACCCUGCCCACCCUGGCCCGUGUUCCUGCCCCAGAGGCCUGGCCUGUCUGCUUACUGCCCAACCCUCGGGUGUAGGGCAUCUCCUGCUCCUGCCUUGCCUGGCAUCAGACCUACGGCCUUGGCACCAUUUCCUCAUUUCCUCCCUCAUGCCCACCCCCCUGUGUGCCCCCUAAGUCCAAGGAGGGCGGGGGGUCUGCUGGCCAGGAGACACUCAGGUGCUAAACAUAGUGCUUUUCUAGGGUUUGGGGCUUAAAGCUACACUUUGGCCUUUGUGGAAGAUCUGGCCAUCUUGGAAAAUUUGGUAGAAGAUGACCUAAGGAUGGAAUUAAACCACUGAUCACCCCGAUUGUGCCCAUGGCUUUUCCAGUUUUUCUUUUUGGUU